UCCCCUAGUGAAUAUAAAGCAGUAUUGUUAUCAACUUCCCUUUUUUAGGUGGCAGUGUUCACUCAGACAAGACCAUAAAGUUGUGUAGGCAAACAGCUGCUCACUGUCUGAUUGUUAAUGAUGACAUGUAGUUACAUGAGCUGGAAACGACAUGGUCUGCCUUGAUAUGGCAAAAAAUCCCAACCACUACUUCCUUAUAAUUCCCCCCUUUUCCUCCCACAUCGGUCCCUCCCAUACCACCACAGCCCUCCCCGUGUCCUUGUGCAGCCCCGCCUUUUGUCAAGUAUCAACAGGCAAACUUUAGUAGUCCACACCCCUGCACAGCACUCACUCAUGCACAUACUCACAGUAGCAGCUGAGAACUGCAGCUGUACUGGGAUCUACACUCUGAGGGAAGGAUUUCUCCUCCAUACCUGCUUUUGAAGAUGUUUUGCUGAACCACCAUGGGAAUGAGACUGAGACUUUUUCCGCAGCCAUCAACUGCAUAGGAGUCUGUGAUGACUGUCAACACAGACUGCUCUACUGAUUGUGAGAUUUAAAAGGAGUGGCUGCUGUUUCUCAACAUUUGGAGCGUCAAAGCAACUGGUGGGAAGCUGAUGUGGGAUUGCUAGUCUCUUACAGGCAGCAACAAUGGACCUGACUUUGUGGCAGUACCAGUUCCGGAUCAUCAUGCUGGGAGACUCCACAGUGGGCAAGUCCUCCAUGCUGAAGCGUUACACUGAAGACUUGUUCCUGGAGUCCAUCAACCAGACGGUGGGAGUAGACUUCUACGUUCACUUCCUGGAGGUGGAGCCGGGGGUCCGAGUCAAGCUGCAGUUCUGGGACACGGCUGGACAGGAGCGGUUCAGGUCAGUGACCCGUUCUUAUUACCGCAACUCGGUCGGAGGCCUGCUGGUGUUUGACAUGACCAGCCAAGCCUCCUUUGACCACAUUAAGGAGUGGCAUGCUGAGGUGUGCGAGCGAGUGCAGCCGUACAAGGUUCUGUUCGUCCUGGUGGGACAAAAGAGCGACCGAGACGAAGAGGGCGAGAGGGUGGUGAGUCGGGAGGACGCGGAGAAGCUGGCCGGCGAGCUAGGGGUGCCCUACGUGGAGGCCUCCGCCAAGACGGGUCAGAACGUGAAGGACGCCUUUGAGCUGCUCGCCCGGCGGGUCUACCAGGGUCUGCUGAGUGGAGAGGUAGAGGUGCAGGAGGGCUGGGAUGGAGUGAAGUGCUCCAUACCACAUACUCUGACGUUGAAGAGAGCCAGCCAGGCGCAGGCCUCCAAGGACAAGAAGAAGAAGUGUUGUGCUUAAACUGUGGACUGGUGGUGGUCACCUAUAAUGCACACAUGUUACCGUACAUGUUACCGUACAACCAAAAUAAGAUCCCUCAGGAGGUGGGAAUCUGUGGGAGAAAACAUUUUGUGACUUUCUGUACAAUACUAACUGAAAUGGGUUAACUUUAGAAAUAAAGGUGUGUAACUGAUAUUUUUUAGCCUACAAUGGCGGCGAGGCAAUAUCGGUUAGCUGUUUGGACUACCACCACUUUGGACCGGACUGAAAUACCGAAAAACUAUUGGAUGGAUUGCUAUGACAUUUUGCACAGACAUUCAUUGUCUCCCCAAGGAUCAUUUCCUACUGACUUUGGUUAAUCCCCUGACUUUUCAUCUGGCACAACCAGCAACCAGUGAAAUUUGUUCCGGGUUUUCCCUUUACUUUAUCUAUCACAAUCAACAGGUCAACAUUUCAAUUUGCCCAAUAGCUUGGUUUAUGAAAUGUAAUGACAUUUCCAUCUAUCUUUAGCUGUACUUUGUUUAGUGCUAAUUGACAAAUGUCGGCAUACUAACAGGCUAAACGAAGAUAGUGAACAUGGUACAUAUAUCACCUGCUAAACAUCAGCAUGUUGGCAUUUAGCUCAAAGUGUGCCUUAAGCUGCUGAAAACGCUUACUCUUGUUUAAUUGCUAAAUCUGUAGCUUCUUCUAUUUAUAGGGCUUUUAAAAAAGUGACGGAGAGGUCCAUGCUCUCUUGUGUGAGAUGCUAGACCCACAGCGGAUCAGACUAACAUGAACUGAUGAGGUCAUUGCUUAUCUCAGUUCAAAAGGGCAAGGGUCGUAAUGAUGACAUAUUGAGCCAAAGCCAUUGGUGCAAGAUGAGACUGAGUGGCCAUUGUAUUCAAUCUGCAAUGAUUACAUCUUCUCUCCUAUUGAUUUUUUUGGACCUACAGUACA